AUGGACAAUUCAGCCGGUUUGUUGCCUGCCGAUGAGGCCAUUUUGAAAAGAUUAUCGACUUAUCGUGGCGUUGAAGGCAUCAUUCUAACUAAUGAAGAAGGACAACUUCAUUAUACGUCAUUGGAUAACAAUGUGACAUUUAUCAUCACUCCAAAAUUACUUGCGUUUGCUGAAAUGGCUCGCUCAGCGAUUCGUGAUAUUUGUCCAACGGAUAAUUUAGUGUCGCUUCGUCUUCGCACAAAACAAAAAGAGGUGAUGGUUGUGGCACCCAAGGAUGGCAUACGAGUCAUCGCUAUUCAAAAACUCAAUCUCCCAUCGCAAUCCGCUCAGCCCGAGAAAGAAUACAAUGACAAUUUUUAG